UCUAGUCCCUGUCGGGGAGCUGGAUUCUUUACUGGUUGCCCCUCUUCCAGGCCAGCUCUAUGCUGUGGCCUGGGAAGGCAGUGGAGGAUGGCCCAAGUGCUUGGGCCCUGCACCCCAUGGGAGACCAGGAGAAGCACCUGGCUCCUGCCUUCGGAGCAGCGCGGUGUGCCGUGGCGGCCAUUGGAGGGUGAACCAAUGGCAAAAGGAAGACCUUUCUCUCUGUCUCUCUCUCUCACUGUCCACUCUGCCUGUCCAAAAAAAAAAAUAGUAUAUCAAGGGUGGGAUGUUGGUGCACCAAUUAAGAUGUCACCUGCAAUGCUUGCUUACAUUGGAGUGCUUGGGUUCCAGUUCUGGUUUUGUAUCCUAGUCUAGCUUCCUGCUAAUGCAUACCCUAGGAGGCAGCAGGAGAUGGCUCAAGCUACUGAGUCCUUGAUACCUGUGUGAGAGAUCAGAUUGGGUUCCAAGCACCUGGGUUUAUCCUAGUCCAACUCUACCUGUUGUGGGCAUUUGGAGAUGAACUAGUGGGUGGAAGAUCUCUCUCUGUUGGUCUUCUUUCUAACUAGCUAACUGAAUAAAUAAAUAAAUGACUUAAAAUAGUAUAUUAGAUAUUUAUUUAGUAUAUACCUAGGUGUUACAUUGCUCCAUCAUAGGCAUACAUUUGUUCAGUCUUAAUAGAGAUUCUCAAGUCAGUUUCUAAAAGAAGAGAAAAAUUUCCAAUUCAUCUUGAAAAACUGUCAGUUUUUACUAAGGCUGAGUGUAUUCACACACUGUGACCUAGCAAAUCCAUACCUGAAAUUUAUUCAGAUGUGUACCGGAAGGCACAUACAAGAAUAUCCGUGGAAACAUUAUUUAAAUAGGCUGAAAUUUUAAAGUAUCCAAAUGUCUGUCAACACUAGAAUGGAAAAAUAAAUGAGAUAUUUAUAAAAUUGAAUACCACACAGCAAUAAAAAUCUUACACAAAAAAUUAUUGGGGGGGUGGAUCUCAGAUAUGUAAUGGUGAAUGAAAGAAGCUAGAUACAAAAGUUUACUGAAUGAUUCCAUUCAAUCCAUUCUCUGGGAAAGCAAAAUAAUCUAAGACAGUAACAGGCUGAGAGAGGAUGGUUAGAGGACUGUUCUGAAUAGCGGCUAGACUGGGCACUACAGUUAAUAACCUAUAACUAAAAGUAAUAUUGCCAACUGUAGAAAACUGUUUCACAUUUGGCAGAGUGAAAGGAAGAAGCACGGAGAGGGAAUUCCAUUCAUUUCAUUCACCCUUUGUCACCACUUUCAUUCCUAAAUUAAGCCUUUAAACAUCAGGGAUUUGAGCAACGCCCAAAUCCUCCCAAACUUCUUGCCUGGGGCUCCUCCCGCUUAGAGGCGGGCAAAGAUGGGUGGCUGUAGGGACACAGGGUGGGAGAGCGAGGAAUCAGCGCCCCUCCAGGUCCACAUAAUACAGUAGGAACUGCGGGGCGAACAAAGUGCCCACGGUUCCACGUCGCCCCCAGCGAUUCAGCGGCGGCUGGUUGGACAGCUCCCGGGUCACUUCCGCUCCUGCCUGCCCGGUUCUGGGCAGGGCAGGUGCUUCUGCGAACCCCAGAGGAACAGAUUCUCGUUUUCCAAGGGACUGGUCUCUGCUAGCUGCAAGCUAGAACAAACUACCGAAGAAGAAACUGAGACGCAGCUGCCUUGCCGCUCCUCCGCCCUCCUUGCCGUUUUUAAAUUCAGAGCUAGCAGGAGCCAAGGUAUCCCUUGGAGAGUGGAGAUUCUGAAAGUGAACACCGAUGUCUUCCGGGGUCCUGUCCUGCUCGGGACGUGGCGCUGCAACAACUGCCCCGCGGUCCUAAACCUGCAGGGGCCAGGGGGUAAUCGCUUAACGCCAAGUCGUGAGCUUUGCACUUUGCAGGGCACCAGAGUGCAUGACAACUCUGGUGCACUCUUCCGGAGCAGAGACCAUGCCCGCCACGUCCCUUCCUAGCCAUUCCCAGGGCACCAGCGCGAAUCAGAGCAGUCUGUUUCCCGAGGUGUGGGAAAGGGAUUUCCUGCCUGCCCCCGACGGGUCCACCGCCGAGCUGGUGAUCCGCGGCGUGAUCCCGUCGCUCUACCUGUGCAUCAUCACGGUGGGUUUGCUCGGCAACAUCCUCCUGGUGAAGAUCUUCAUCAGCAACAGCGCCAUGAGGAGCGUCCCCAACAUCUUCAUCUCCAACCUGGCGGCUGGUGACUUGCUGCUGCUGCUCACCUGCGUCCCGGUGGACGCCUCGCGCUACUUCUUUGACGAGUGGAUGUUCGGCCAAGUGGGCUGCAGGCUGAUCCCGGCCAUCCAGCUCACCUCCGUGGGCGUCUCUGUGUUCACUCUCACUGCCCUCAGCGCGGACAGGUACAGAGCCAUUGUAAACCCUAUGGAUAUGCAGACAUCAGGGGCGCUGCUGUGGACCUGUGUGAAAGUCGUGGGCAUCUGGGUGGUCUCUGUGUUGUUGGCAGUACCUGAAGCUGUGUUUUCGGAAGUGGUGCGCAUCAGUAGCUUGGAUAACAGCAGUUUCACAGCGUGUAUACCCUACCCUCAGACAGACGAAUUACAUCCAAAGAUUCAUUCAGUGCUCAUUUUCUUGGUCUAUUUUCUCAUACCACUUACUAUUAUUAGUGUUUAUUAUUAUCACAUUGCAAAGACCUUAAUUAAAAGUGCACAUAAUCUUCCUGGAGAAUACAAUGAACAUACCAAAAAGCAGAUGGAAACACGGAAACGCCUGGCUAAGAUUGUACUGGUCUUUGUGGGAUGCUUUGCCUUCUGUUGGUUCCCAAAUCAUAUCCUCUACAUGUAUAGAUCUUUCAACUAUAAGGAGAUUGACCCAUCUCUAGGACACAUGAUUGUCACCUUGGUUGCCAGGGUUCUGAGUUUUUGCAAUUCUUGUGUCAAUCCAUUUGCUCUUUAUCUACUCAGUGAAAGCUUCCGGAAGCAUUUCAAUAGCCAGCUCUGUUGUGGGAGGAAGUCCUUUCCAGAAAGAUCAACCAGCUACCUACUCAGCUCUUCCGCAGUGCGAAUGACAUCCCUGAAAAGCAAUACUAAGAACAUGGUGACCAAUGCUGUCUUACCAAAUGGAAACAGCACGAAGCAGGAAAUGGCAUUGUGAUUUUGGCCAUUCAACUCAACUAUCUGGAAAGAAUUUACUGACUUUUCUAUUCCUGUUGAGCAGAACAGAAACAAAUAAUUUGACCCUUCUUACUCUGCUAAUUCAUUAAACAUUUCUCGAUUGACUCAGGAAAGGCAAGACAAACAUUAUUCUCAGAACAGGACUGUACAUUAUAAAUGGAGCAGGUAUUGUGUUGCAGCAGGUUAAACCAUCCCUUGCAAUGCUUGAAUCCCAUGUAGGUGUACUGGUUGGAAACCCAGCCACUUCGCUUCCUAUCCAGUUCCUGCUAUGUACCCUGGACAGCAGCAGAUGAUGACUCAAAUGCUUAGUCCCCUGACACCCAUGUGGAGGACUGAGGAAGUUUUGAGUUUCUGGCUUCGAAUCCUAACUUUUUUGGGCAUUUGGGGAGUAAGUCAGUGAAGAGAAGAACUCUGUCUCUGUCUCUCUUUCUCUCUCCCGCUCAGCUUUUCAAGUAGUUGAAAAUAAAUCUGUAAACAUUAAAUUACAUUAUGCGUGCAUACUUAUAACAUUGAAACUGUUCAAAAAGCAAUUUGAUAUAUGUAUAUAAAUCAACAUUCUUGAGGGUUUAAUGUUUUAAGAUUUAGGUUCUUAUUAGAUU